CAUUUGGUAGCUGCUCUUUCUUUUGAAUCUUUGGAAUGAUUCUCUUUCUUUACACAGUCCUUCUUUUCCAUCACCUUUAUACAGAGGCAGAAAUCACACUUUGCCGAAUGAUGGGAGAUCCUAAGAACCCACUACUUUCCAAGGAUGGAGAUGUAACUAUUGGAGGAAUUUUUGCAAUUCACAGUAAAGAAACAUUACCUUCAUUUGAGUUUAAGCAAAAGCCCCAGCCUUUAUCAUGCUCCAGUGUGAAUCUAAGAGAUUUUCGUCUGGCUCAGAUAAUGAUCUUUGCCAUUGAGGAGAUUAACAGAAGUGAAAGUUUGCUUCCAAAUGUUUCUAUUGGCUAUCGAAUUUAUGAUACUUGUGGUUCAAGACUGUCUUCUAUGAGUGCAACUAUGGGAUUGAUGAAUGGUCCAGAUUUUGUGGCAGGGGAGACAUGCAAUGGACAAUCUAUUCAUGGUAUCAUAGGAGAAACAGAGUCCUCUGCCACAGUGAUUCUGUCCAGAACUACAGGACCUUUUAAAAUUCCAGUGAUAAGUCACUCAGCCUCAUGUGAAUGUCUCAGCAAUAGGAAAGAUCACCCCUCAUUCUUCAGGACUAUUGCUAGUGAUUACCACCAAGGCAGAGCACUUGCAUACAUAGUCAAGCACUUAAGCUGGACCUGGGUGGGAGCGGUGAACAGUGACAAUGACUAUGGGAACUAUGGAAUGGCCAUAUUUCUGAAUACAGCCCAGAAGGAGGGGAUUUGUGUGGAGUACUCUGUAAAAUUCUACCGAACAGAGCCAGAAAAACUCAAAAAAGUAGUACAUACAAUUACAAAAAGCACUGCAAAAGUGAUUGUUGCAUUUGUUUCAUUUCUUGAGAUGGGCUUACUAAUUGAACAGCUGAGUAUUCAGAAUAUUACAGGCUUUCAAAUAAUUGGAGUAGAGGGAUGGAUAACUUCAAAAAAUUACAUCACUCCAAAUAGUUUUGGUUCACUGGGAGGAUCACUGGGUCUUGCACUGAGAAAAAUCAAUAUUGAAGGGUUUUCAGAUUAUGUUACAAAAGCAUUCUGGGACACAGCUUUCCCAUGCUCACAGAAGCAAGGGAAUUCUUCUCAGUAUGCAUUAAGCUGCAGCAGAUAUCAGGAUCUACUUGUUCUGAAAAACUACAAUGAAGAUGUGCCUGACCACAGAUAUUCAAGCCAUGUCUACAAAGCAGUUUAUGCUGUGGCUCAUUCACUACACAGUCUACUCAAGUGCAAAGAACAAGAAGGUUGUGAGAAAAGCCUCACAAUACAACCACAACAGGUGGUUGAGGCUCUCAAAAAAGUAAAUUUUACCGUAAAGUUUGAAGAUCAUGUGUGGUUUGACAGCACUGGUGCCACAGUAGCCCAUUAUGAAGUUGUGAACUGGCAGCAGGACUCAAAUGGAUCAUUCCAUUUUAAACCAGUGGGAUACUAUGAUGCCUCACUGCCCCCUGACCAGCGCUUUGUGCUCAAUACUAAAAACAUUAUCUGGGCAGGAGGACAGCUGGAGAAGCCAAGAUCCAUGUGCAGUGAGAGCUGUCCUCCUGGCACUAGGAAGGCUGCACAGAAAGGAAGACCUGUCUGCUGUUAUGACUGUAUUCCAUGUGCAGAAGGAGAAAUCAGUAAUGAGACAGAUUCAAAUAACUGCAAACAGUGUCCAGGGGAAUACUGGCCUAAUGCUAAGAAAAAUAAAUAUGUUUUAAAGGCUGUAGAGUUUCUGUCAUUCACAGAAGUUAUGGGUUUAGUGCUAGUAAUUUUCUCAUUGUUUGGAGUAGGAUUAACUGUGCUGGUGGCCAUCCUGUUUUACAGCAAGAAGGACACACCCAUAGUAAAAGCCAACAACUCAGAGCUGAGCUUUCUGCUGCUCUUCUCUUUGACUCUGUGUUUCCUCUGUUCACUUACUUUCAUUGGUCGGCCCACUGAGUGGUCCUGUAUGUUGCGUCAUACAGCGUUUGGGAUCACUUUUGUCCUCUGUAUUUCAUGUGUUUUGGGGAAAACUAUAGUGGUAUUAAUGGCUUUCAAAGCUACACUUCCAGGAAGUAAUAUCAUGAAAUGGUUCGGCCCUACACAACAACGACUCAGUGUUCUUGCCUUUACACUUAUACAGUUUCUUAUCUGUGUGCUUUGGCUAACAAUAUCUCCUCCAUUUCCCUACAAAAAUAUGAAAUAUUUUAAGGAAAAAAUCAUUAUCGAGUGCAGUCUGGGAUCUACUGUAGGUUUCUGGGCUGUGCUGGGUUAUAUUGGCCUACUGGCUGUUUUGUGCUUCAUUCUGGCUUUUCUGGCUCGCAGGUUGCCUGAUAACUUCAAUGAAGCCAAAUUCAUCACAUUCAGUAUGCUCAUAUUCUGUGCUGUAUGGAUCACGUUUAUUCCAGCUUAUGUCAGUUCUCCUGGGAAAUUUACUGUAGCUGUGGAGAUAUUUGCAAUUUUAUCAUCAAGUUUUGGUUUACUAUUCUGUAUAUUUGCACCUAAAUGUUAUGUUAUCCUGUGUAAGCCUGAACAAAAUACAAAGCAACAUGUAAUUGGAAAAACAUAUUCAAAACCC